AUGGACGCGGAUUUGGACCCGUGUCCGGUGGGGCCCGAGCGCGGGGACGCGGACGCCGGCCUGCCGGCGGCCUGCUCUUCCAACGGCAGCGGCGGCGAGGAGGACGACCCCGAGCCCGAGGUUCUGAGUCGGCAAGCGGGCGGCGACGGAGGCUCGGGAAGUCAACGCACUCCGGAGAGGAGCGUCUUGCUCGGCGGCAGAGAACAAGAAGUGUCGGUGGAAAUCGGAGAAACCUAUUUGUGCCAACGAGCCGACAAAACGUGGCACGCGGCCGAAGUGAUCCAGUCUCGGCUAAACGAGCAGGAAGGAAGAGAAGAAUUCUAUGUGCACUAUGUGGGCUUCAACAGGCGCCUGGACGAAUGGGUGGGCAAAGGGCGCCUGGCGCUCACCAAGACGGUGAAAGACGCGGUGAGGAAGAGCGUGGAGGUGGGCGGCGUAGGCGACAUCGGCGAGCAGCCCGAGCGCAAGAUCACACGCAACCAGAAACGCAAACACGACGAGAUCAACCACGUGCAGAAGACGUAUGCCGAGAUGGACCCGACGACGGCGGCGCUGGAGAAGGAACACGAGGCGAUUACCAAGGUCAAGUACGUGGACAAGAUCCAGAUCGGCAACUUCGAGAUCGACGCCUGGUAUUUUUCGCCUUUCCCCGAAGAUUACGGCAAGCAGCCCAAACUAUGGAUCUGCGAGUACUGCCUCAAGUACAUGAAAUAUGAAAACACUUUCAGGCACCACCUGUCCAACUGCCAGUGGAAACAGCCCCCGGGCAAGGAAAUCUACCGUCGGAGCAACAUCUCAGUGUACGAGGCGGACGGCCGCGACCACAAGAUCUACUGUCAGAACCUAUGUCUGCUGGCAAAACUAUUCCUGGACCACAAAACUCUCUACUUUGACGUGGAGCCUUUCAUCUUCUACAUCCUCACCGAGGUCAACAAGCAGGGGGCGCACAUCGUGGGCUACUUCUCCAAAGAGAAAGAAUCUCCGGACGGGAACAACGUGGCUUGCAUCCUGACUCUGCCCCCGUACCAACGACGUGGCUACGGGAAGUUCCUCAUUGCCUUCAGUUACGAGCUAUCCAAAUUGGAGAGUGCUGUAGGCUCCCCCGAGAAGCCGCUCUCCGACCUAGGCAAGCUGAGCUAUCGCAGCUACUGGUCCUGGGUUCUUCUGGAGAUCCUCCGAGAUUUCAGGGGCACACUUUCCAUCAAAGACCUCAGCCAGAUGACGAGCAUCACGCAGAGCGACAUCAUCAGCACUCUGCAGUCGCUUAACAUGGUCAAGUACUGGAAAGGCCAACAUGUCAUCUGCGUCACUCCCAAGCUGGUGGACGAGCACCUCAAGAGCGCACAAUAUAAGAAACCGCCCAUCACCGUGGACACGCUGUGCCUCAAGUGGGCGCCCCCCAAAAACAAGCAGGCCAAGUUAUCCAAGAAGUGA